UGUAUUUGUGUUGUGGGAUUUGCAGUUGUGUUGUGGGAUUUGCAGUUGUGUUGUGGGAUUUGUAUUUGUGGUGAGCCUUCUGCGCCACCGUAUAUACCGGAUAUAAUAUACAAGCAAAGAUUGACGUUCCGUUGCUAUGCGCAACAAGUGGCGUGUAAUUUGUUGUGUACGUUCACUUCCACAAGUUUCUGGGCGCGACACGUCGAAUGCCGGAGGCCUAAUAGUAAUAAGAUUUUCAUGAUGUAUGAUGACGACAUAGAAGGCGAAAACGGCCCCAAAAGCUCAUUUUCAAUAUACUUAGCCGAGGGCGAUGCAUUAUUCAAACAAGGAGAGUACAAAAAAGCGCUGGAGAGUUAUAGCACGGCACUAGAGAUUCAACCAACAGACAAGAAUGCACUAGUGGCAAGAUCCAAAUGCUACUUGCAACUAGGUGAUGCACAGGCUGGACUUCGAGAUGCUGAGGCUGCUCUGGCAACAGAUAAAGACUUCAAUAAGGGUCUGUAUCAGAAAGCGGAAGCUCUUUAUGCAAUGGGUAACUUUGAGUUUGCUCUUGUGUUCUACCACCGUGGUCACAAACUUCGACCGGAAUUGCAGGAAUUUCGCCUAGGAAUUCAAAAAGCUCAAGAAGCCAUUGAUAAUGCUAUUGGAAGUCCAUCUUCUGUGAAACUGAGAAGUAGGGGGGAUAGUUCCUUUCUUGCUACCCAGCAGGCAGCAAGAAAGAGUAAUAUAGUAUCAACUGCUGCCAGAAUGCAGGCGACAGCUGGAAUAUCUAUGAAGACAAGCAGAGAUCCCCCUGGUGGAGUUAAAAGUGACAAAACAAUCAAACAACUCCUAGGAGAACUGUAUGCUGACAAAGAAUAUCUAGAAAAAUUGCUAAGAAAUGAUGAAUUAACCAAAACUAAGACGGAGACAAGUGUCAAGAUCUGUGAGUUGAUUAAUGAAGGUCUCCACUACUUGGAUACAAGGACUGAGUUCUGGCGUCAACAGAGACCAAUUUAUGCGAGAAAGCGUGACAGUGCCAAUGCCAGAAGAGGGCGCCUCAGAGUGAAACCAGUGGCUGCCUAUAGUCGUGCUGUCAGGGCCAUUAUGAAAGUUCUAGAAGAAAUUGAUUAUGAGCAAGCAAAGGGCAAGUACCAGACCAGUUUGAAAAAAGCACAGAACCUGAUAAAGCCUAUUCAGAACCUAUCCGAGAAGGAGUGCUCUAACAAAGCAGAACUCCAAUGCACACUGUACAGCUACAUAGGGAAUGCAUACCUGGAGCUGGGAAAUCGAGACAAAGCUUUGCAGUUCCACAAGAAAGAUCUGGAAAUAUCACAGGCCAAUGGUUUGGCAGAAAGCAAAUCAAGAGCAAUGGACAACCUGGGAAGAGUCUACGCUCGUUUUGGAAUGUUCAAGAAUGCUAUAAAAAUAUGGGAGGAAAAGUUACCGUUUGCACAGACAGAGAUGGAGAAGACCUGGUUGUACCAUGAGAGUGGCCGAUGUCUGCUGGAGUUAACCCAGUAUGAGCUGGCACUCGAAUAUGGCCAGCUGUCCCUUGACCAUGCAAUGAAAGCAGACGAUGAAGUCUGGGUGAUGAAUGCAAGUGUUCUAAUUGGUCAGUCGCAAGUAAAACUUGGCGACUACAGGGCAGCUGAGGAAUACUUUCAGCGAGCGCUCGACAUCACCGAGUUGCUGGGUGACAGGGAGGCACAGGCAGCCAUUGUCAGUGCACUUACAGAUGUCCAGUGUCGGCGGGAAGGACAUGUUGCCACGACUGAAUAUAAUAAGGAGUCUGUGGGCAGUGCGGCAACCGAUUCCGUCGCAGAGGAUUUCAUGACACUCUCAGUCAGCAAUGGAACGAGCAGCCAUCCCGCAGAAGUUUCUGCUAAAUCUGACACUAACAGUAACAGUGUCAUCACUGCUCCCCGAUUGCGCAACAACAUGGCAGACGCUCAACAUGCUAUCGCCCCCAUUAAGUGUCACAACUGUGAUGAGUUUUGGGACUGAGGAACACGGAAAGACUUCACAGCCUAAAGUCUGGAAGCCUGUAUAUCACUCAUUAGGCCUACAGAAGUUACAAAUCGCCUAGGUAAC